GAGCAGUGCGUGGGGAGAUUGAAGAUGGCGGCGGCGAGUGUGCAGUCUGAUUCAGAAUCUGACAGUGUGGAGGAGCUGUCGCGCCUCAAAGAGGCUACAUGGAAUGUCGGCAACACCAGUUUCCACAAAAAAAUAGGCAGUGGGCGCUUUGUUUCUGAGACCAAUGAAGACAAGCAUAUUUCGGUUUCAAUUCGACCAAGUCUGAGGCAGAAAGUAGAUGAUCACCAGCAUGAUGGAAAUGAGCUGCAAACAACACCUGAAUUUCGAUGUCAUGUUGCAAAAAGGCUGGGUGCCUUGCUGGAUAGUAUCAUUACUGUUGACAGUUCUGUGCAGUCUUCACAGCAACAAGUAGAGGAUGGUGAUGAAGAAGGGUUUCGUUUAUUCUCCACAUCUGUUCCAGGGGAUUGUGGAAAAGUAGAAUCCUCACCUGCAGUUAAACAGAGAUGUCCAUCCAGUUCAAGUGAUUCAGACAGUGAAUGGGAGCGGCUGAAGGAAGCAGCAGUUACAAGUAGUGAUAUACUCCAACAAAGUUCCCUCUUCAGCAGACAGUUGGAGAUAAACCAGGCUGAAAAUCUCAUCAAGGAUGAAGACACAGGAAAGAAGAAAAAGAAGAAGAAGAAAAAGAGAAAGGUAAUCAUGGAAAGUGAAGAUAAUUUAGUCAAAGGCAGCGAUCAAAAAGGAGUUGAACAAAUGUCUAAUGUCGAUGUAAAAGGGAAAUCAGAGCAGGUGUGCAAAGUCGUGGCAAAAGGACUGGAACGAACUGAACAGGCUGACCUUGAAAGGAGCAAAAAGAAAAAAAUGAACCACAAAACUGCUAGUUGGGAACUUGAAAGUGUUAAAACAAGCUUUUCUCAAACAAAGAGAAAGAAAGUUCCUUUAACAGAUGGGUCAUAACAGGGCACUACAGUUCUAUGUGUUCUUAUCUUUCAAAGAAUUGUUUAUUUCAAGUGCUUUCAAUUAAACCAGUUGGAAUAUAACCUGAUGUUGUGUGAUUUUUAACU